AUCAUCUAAUAGAGUUGAGGUGUUAGCUUUAAAGAGUGUACAGCAAAACGGUUGCAUCAAAAACACGUAUUCUGGAGGAGUAAAACGCAGAAGAAGGAAGAAGUAAUUUAACCCUAAUUCUACAAGCGAAGAAUCACAAAGAGGUAUAUCUAUCUAGAUGCAAAAUCAAAAGGAAGAACUCGGCACAUGUACGGCAGCAAAUGAUUUAUCGACCAAGAAGUGUGUCUCAUGUAGCUCGAAGGAUCUUCGACCCAUGACUGAAGAAGCUGCUAUGAAGCUUAUUCCGGAGGUCCGGGGAUGGAAUUUGGUAAAUGAAGAAGGUACAUGGAAGCUGAACCGCUCAUGGAAAGUGAAGAACUUUACUAAAGGGUUAGAAUUGUUUAAGUUGGUGGCAGAUAUUGCAGAAGCAGAAAAUCAUCAUCCUGAUCUCCACCUUACCGGGUGGAACAAUGUGAAGAUUGAUAUUUGGACACACUCUGUUAGUGGGCUGACUGAGAACGAUUUCAUACUGGCUUCAAAGAUCAACACCCUUGAACUGCAACAUUUAUUACGAAAAAAAAUGAAAGCUGUCAGCAACAAAGCAGAAGAAUAGAACUUGAUCGACCCUAGGCUGUAGUUCAAGAAACUGAUCAUCUACAGGUAUGACACCACUUGCCCUGUAUUUUUGGUAGUGUAAUUGUAUGACUGCUUUAUGUGGUUCAUUUCACUACCUAAGAAGUGUCGAUACAUUUUGUAGUAACUAAUAAUACCUGUAUGGAUUUAUCUUUCUUUUUGAGAUAAGAAGUGUUUUGAUAUCCUUAACUCUGAAAUGUCCAAGGGAAGACUAACUUAGCUGGAAAUAUUUAGUAAGUAAUAAAAUCAUGCAUGUUUUACUACUUAA